CUAGUAAUGUAAACGUCAUCCUUUGCCAGGGGAGUUUGCUGGCGGAAGUUGAAUUCUGCAAGUCACUCAUGCUGCGUUUGGUGUUGGGUUUGGAAGGUGGAAGUUGACUUAAUCGUGAUCUGUGCUGACAAACAAUCGCCAAGAUGUCUUUCUGCUCGUGGGGAGGUGAAAAAUACAAAAACCACUUUGACGCGGGUAUCUAUGUCUGCUCAAGCUGUGGUCAUGAAUUAUUCAACAGCGUGUCAAAGUUCAAGCAUUCCUCUCCAUGGCCAGCAUUUACGGACACUGUCUACCCAGACAGUGUCUCCAAGAGACCUGAGGGCUCUCACGCAUACAAGGUUUCCUGUUCCAAAUGUGGCAAUGGUCUUGGGCACGAGUUCUUGAAAGAUGGUCCCGAUGGGAAAUCACGUUUCUGAAUAUUCUCCUCUGCCCUUGAGUUUAAAAAGGGCAAGAAAGAGAAGACUGGAGUAGCCAAGAAGUAGGCUGCAGUAAACCACCCCAAUUCAGAGACAUGGGACUAUGACACUAGUAGACAUGAACUACGUGAAUUAAUGUAACAGCUCUUUGGGUUUAACUAUUUAUUUAUUUUAUAUAUUUAUUUAUUUCAGUCAUUACUGAAAUAAAUGACAUGCAUUUGAACUUCAGUUUUCUUGUGCAGCACAUUUUGACAUUUUAUUGAAAUUUUUUAUAACAUUGGCAGACACACUGAAUUUGGUCGGAGUGGACAACCUAAUGAUAUUGAGCCAUGUCUAAUCUUUCAACUUUCCUAGAUCCUCAAAAAUCCACCAGGAGGUUUGUUUUUGAGAAUUUGCCUCUUUUUCUUGGAGUGAUGGAUUUUGGAGGAUGUAGGAAGGUACCUAGCCGCAUGAUUGGAAAGUAACUUCUGCUGCCAUUCUUCAAGUUCAGAUGGGCAUUGUUUGCUUGCUCUGAGCUAUCAAUCAAUCAUGGUGUGUAAUUCUGCAAAUCUGACUGCUUGAGAUUCAUUAUAUAGGUGGCAAAAUGUCCCUGAGGUCAAAUGCUCUUCUAUUGAGGGUUUUCAGUUUGUGGCAAGAUGGAUGUCAAGAUGUAGCUGUGCACUCCAAUCUGAUUCUGUUCUGGUUCUGUUUGUGAUGUCAUUGUGCAUUGUUCGUGUAAAACCAAGCAGAACUGUACACAGGCUGUGUGUCUGUUAUAACUUAUGAACUGUGCAAAAACUCACUUUUGACAGCAGUUGAGUGUAGUUUGUUUUACCUAUUUUGUUUUGGCGAUUUAUUUUGCUCUUUAAUCUAUUCAAGUGCGCAUUCUGUCUUCUGGGUAGAGAAGGACUUUUGACGAAAGCAUCUAGGGCUGAAUUUCGAUCAUGCGAAAACUUGUCACAUAUGCGUAGAUCCAUGUCUCUGUCGGAAAUAUGGCAGUGGGUUUCCAUGGCACCGUAUUGGCCAGCCAAUGAAGUCCUCAGGUUGAAGCCCAGCAUCGGGAAGGCCAGAGAACUGAUGCACGUACAGGCCCUGCCGUGCCAACCCACGGCCGUAUCCUUUCUUAAACCAACAGCAACAACAUCUCAGUUAAUGCAGACAUAAUUUGACGUCACGGCGUUCAACUGUUUAGAGGACACGUACAAAAAAACCAAAUUUGAAAAGGGUUGUAGAAAAAGCCUCAGGAUUCGAACUCUUUAAAGUCUUGUUAUUUUAGCAUUUCUAUUGCAUAUUGGGAGUGUGCUAUGGCACUUUUGGUUUAGUUUCCAAACCUUGAAUCAAGAUUGUUUGGAUAUUUUUCGACGGGUGACUUCCAGACUUUUUGAUCCACAGUACCCAGAUCCAUGUGCAAAUAUUCAAACUUGAAGUGACAACUUCAGGGGAAGUAUUAUAAUUCUACUCAAUUUAUUUUUGGUACACUUGUCCUUCUAUUAAAAUAUAUUUGACCAGUGCAUAAGGAAUAGUGUAUAUUUGCACAAGGAGAAGGCAUUGUGUAAACUAUCUUGCAUUUUGAAAAAAUAUAUUGAUGGAGGAGAUGUUAAAUUUUUAUGUCAAGGUGAACACUGAAAUACGUGUAACAGGUCACAGCAAAAUUUGGUGUGCUUAGACCUUUUUAUUUUUAAAAUGGUUCCUUCUAGAGUUGACAUAAAAGCUGUUUGUAUUUUUGUGCACAGGCUUGGUUAUGUGCCUCGGUAAAUUGAGCGAUUUUUACAAACUCUCUUUCAAAAUGCAGCAGAGAAGAAAGUUUUGAGGCUAAUGUCAGAUUUACUGGUGUAUGGGUGCUUUCAAGGAUACAGAAACAGUAUUUAGGUGUGUACAUAUAUUUGUGUCAUUCUGUAAAUUCAGGGUCCAAAUGUGGGACCGUUUUAUGUCCCUGUUACACCCAACCGGCAAAAUUGAGAUUAAUGUCAAACUAUCUUUACUUGCUUUGCUGGUAAGUUGCAUUUCUCAAACACUCUUGGGACUUAGGGAUGCGUUCUAAACUCACCAAAUCAUAUGUAAGAUGUGACUGGGACAAACAAAAAAUUGAAUUUAAAGAAUGACUUGUAUGUAUCAUGUUUUAUGUCAAAAUAUACCAUUAAAUAUCUUGUGGUUUUUGUCAUGUAACUCUAAUCACAAUGUAAAACCAUCAAGUCUUUGGUGUUCUAUGUAUGUGUAAGUUACUUGUCUGUCCAGACACACGGUAGAUUUGAUCAAGGGUACGCAACCACAAUUUUGUGCUUUUCCAUUAAAAACAAUUGAAACUAUAGUGUGUUUGUACAUAUAUAUUACAUUUAAAAAAGUGACUAUUGGAUACAGUGAUUUCCUUCAUGGAAAAGGAAAGAAGUGACAUUUCUUCCUGGUUAUGUUGUCAGCUGCAGGUAACUUCCUGCAUUGCCAUUAGAAGUUUCCAAUAGAGGUAGACACAUACCAGUUUAAAGUGUCCAAACGAUUGCCACAGACAAGUACUUUACUGUUUACACAGAGACCAUUCUUGUACUAAAUAAUAAACAUGUGUUCUUUUACAUUUAAACUUGUGUUUUAAACUAAUUUCAUAUUUCUAUGACAUAUAUUGUACAAGUAAUCGUUCACUUUGUUCAUUUUUGAAACUUCAAAUUUAUAUGUACUGUGUUGAAUCAAAAUUAAAGAAAUUAAUUUCAUGUGAUCCAUCUAAUUUCUGUAAGUCGCAAAAGAUAUGUGUUCAACCUUUUCAUCCAUUCACCUGAAGUAUCUCAAGUGACCUUUGGUUUAUUCUUGACACCUUCAAAUCUCGCACCCGAAGUGUACUUUUAACACGACUAACAAUGGGCUAUAGUGUCCGCCUGUUUGUGAGAGGGUUGUGUCAGAUUUUCCAUUCUCACCCGUUUCCUUCACGCAUUGCACCUGGCUGCCAAAUAUCCCAAAAUGGCAGUGUUGUAUCCGAGUCCAGUCACAAGUCCCUUCACAAGGCCAGUCAGAAGUAACAGGGUGAAUAAUGAUCAAAGAAUGCUUCUG